AUGCGAAGGCUCUUCCCCAAGGCGGUGAUCUGCUCCACCCUGCUGCUCCUGGUGGUGCUCAGCACCGUGCACGCACAAUCCGAUUGUUCUCAGGCCCAGUCAUGUGACAUGUGUGUCGGAGAUUCCAUCCUUAACCUGACCGGCUGUAUCUGGAGGCUAUGUCCCAAUGGUAACGAUACAGGCAUGUGCCUGACGGAUCAGGGCGACUCCAACGACAACUCACUCAACUGUAGUUGGACUAAUAAUUCUGACCUCUGCACAGUGGUGGAGACGGGAGGCGAAGGAGGAGCUCAAGGUGACUCAGGCGGGGAUAGCAGCGUUCUGUCCCAGGCCAAGUUCGACAUGUCCAGCUUCGUAGGGGGCAUCAUCCUGGUCCUGUGUGUGCAGGCGGGGGGCUUCUUCGCCAUGCGUUUCCUCAAGUCCAAAGAGCAGAGCACCUACGACCCCAUGUGA